ACGUUUCCUUGAUGACAGGGUCAACAAUAUGGCGCUAUCCAUGGCUUACAGAAAUGCUUUAUCUGGUGGUUGACGUGUAUUUUUUAUUUAAAUGCUUUAUGAGUUUGCUAGUACAUUUAACAAACCGUAAAGCAACGUCUGUUUUUUGAAAUAUCAGCUCGUAUUUAUCGUGGUUGUCAGCUGACUUAAAACCCUGAAGGACCUUUGUUAACAAACGAGCAGCGACCAUGUCUGGGUCAAAUGUCUGGAGUCGCAGUCGAGAGAAAAUAAGACUUUUCCCCGAACUUUUUGCACAGUGUACUGGAGAGGCAGCAGUGUACGGGAAGUGCGUGGCAGCUACCACAACAGGCAGACAGGAGCUGAAGAAGGACCUGUGUGCCAAGGAAUUUGAAGCACUAAAGACCUGCUUUAUAAGUGCAGCGAAGAAAAAAGCCAAAUGAAUGGAAACUGUCCUGACUUUGUGAGCAGUAAAUUCAGUGGACCUCCCCUCAACCGUUCAUUGCUGUGGGAGAAGACAAGUGUUGAUUGAUUGCUGGAAGCAUAUUAUUGUGUCUUGAUGAUAGCACUACUUCAACUUGGCACUGUAAAUGAAUUCAAUAUGUUUUUUGACAUUGUUUAUAUGGAGACUGCAUGUUGUUGCAAAGCCAGGUAGCACUGCUACAUUCUUCCACACUAAUAGAUUUCUGUAAAUAUACAGUGGUGAAUAAAACAUUGCUGCUA